AUGGUGGACGAAAGUGAUAAGACACAACAAGCUAUCGACGAGCAAUCGCAGAUAAAUGCUGAGAAGCAAACUUCAAAUAAAAAGGAUAAUAAAAAGGAUAAAAAGAAGGAGGAAGAGGAACAAUUAUCCGAAGAAGAUGCGAAGCUCAAAGCAGACUUAGAACUACUAGUUGAAAGACUGAAAGAGGACGAUGCAUCUUUAUAUGAUGCGUCCUUAACUGCCUUGAAAGAAUUCAUCAAAAAUUCUACAAGUUCUAUGACCGCGGUUCCCAAACCUUUAAAAUUUCUUCGUCCUGCAUACCCAGAGCUAUGCGCUAUCUACGACAAGUGGACAGAUUCGAAUUUGAAAUCUUCGUUGGCUGAUGUUUUGUCCAUACUGGCCAUGACGUACUCUGAGAAUGGUAAGCAUGAUUCUUUGAGAUAUAGAUUACUUUCCGAUGUUCCUGAAUUCGAGGGCUGGGGUCAUGAGUACAUUCGUCAUUUGGCUUUAGAGAUUGGCGAAGUAUAUAAUGAUCAGGUAGAAAAAGACGCUGAAGAUGAAACGUCCUCCGAGGGAUCUAAAGGCGACAGAGCUUCAUCUACUAGUGGAUUCGAAUUUUCCAAGGAAGAUACCUUACGUUUAUGCUUAGAUAUUGUCCCAUACUUUUUGAAACACAACGGUGAAGAAGAUGCCGUGGACUUACUUUUGGAAAUUGAAGCCAUUGAUAAACUGCCCCAAUUCGUAGAUGAGAACACUUUUCAAAGAGUUUGUCAAUACAUGGUUGCAUGUGUUCCUCUUUUGCCACCUCCCGAAGAUGUGGCGUUUUUAAAGACCGCAUAUUCCAUUUAUUUAUCGCAAAACGAACUUACAGACGCGGUUGCUUUGGCAGUCAGACUAGGAGAGGAAGAAAUGAUCAGAUCUGUUUUUGAUGCUACUAGUGAUCCAGUAAUGCAUAAACAAUUAGCAUAUAUUUUAGCCGCACAAAAAACAUCGUUUGAAUACGAAGGCGUUCAGGAUAUAAUUGGCAAUGGUAAGUUAUCAGAACACUUUCUGUAUCUUGCUAAGGAAUUGAAUUUAACCGGGCCAAAAGUUCCAGAAGAUAUAUAUAAGAGUCAUUUGGAUAACUCCAAGUCUGUAUUCUCAAGUGCUGGCCUAGACUCUGCUCAACAAAAUUUGGCUUCGUCAUUUGUCAACGGAUUCUUGAACUUAGGUUAUUGUAACGAUAAGUUAAUUGUGGAUAACGAUAACUGGGUCUAUAAAACCAAAGGUGAUGGUAUGACUUCUGCGGUGGCCAGUAUUGGGUCUAUAUACCAGUGGAAUUUGGAUGGUUUACAACAACUGGAUAAAUAUUUAUACGUUGAUGAACCAGAAGUCAAAGCUGGUGCACUGUUAGGUAUCGGUAUUUCCGCUUCUGGUGUGCAUGAUGGUGAAGUUGAACCAGCUUUGCUACUUUUACAGGAUUACGUCACUAAUCCAGACACUAAAAUUAGUUCAGCAGCGAUACUUGGUCUAGGUAUUGCAUUUGCUGGAAGUAAGAAUGAUGAACUGUUGGGUUUAUUGUUGCCAAUCGCUGCAUCCACCGAUUUACCUAUUGAAACCGCAGCUAUGGCAUCCUUGGCCUUAGCUCAUGUCUUUGUUGGUACCUGUAAUGGUGAUAUCACGACUUCUAUCAUGGAUAACUUUUUAGAGCGUACACCUGUCGAGCUGAAGACCGACUGGGUAAGAUUUUUGGCACUUGCAUUAGGUAUUCUUUACAUGGGCCAAGGCGAGCAAGUAGAUGAUGUUCUGGAAACCAUUAGCGCUAUCGAACAUCCAAUGACAUCAGCUAUCGAAGUAUUGGUCGGUUCAUGCGCUUACACAGGCACUGGUGAUGUUUUGCUAAUUCAAGAUUUAUUGCAUCGUUUGACCCCUAAGAACGUUAAGGAUGAAGAAGAUGCCGAUGAAGAAGAUGUUACCGAUGGCCAGACUAAUAGCAUAAGUGAUUUUAUUGGUGAGCAACUGAUUGAAAGUGGCAAGAACGACGAAACCGAGAGUGGAGUCGACGAAAUGGAUGUUGAUGUCGAAGGAGAGGAAGUUGAGGUAAAGGCUGAAGUGGCUGAAAAGAAGAAUGGCGAAACUGUAGAAAGUGAAGAGGUAAAAGUGGAAGAAGAAAAGGGAAAAUCCGACGAUAAAGAUGCUACUGUUGAUGGAAAAAAUGAAGAUGAAGAUGAAGAAAAGGAAGCUGGCGUGGUCGAUGAACUUGCGUAUGCAGUUUUGGGUAUUGCCUUGAUAACCCUUGGUGAAGAUAUUGGCAAAGAAAUGUCCUUGCGUCACUUCGGUCAUUUAAUGCAUUAUGGUAAUGAACAUAUCCGUCGUAUGGUACCUUUGGCAAUGGGUAUUGUUUCUGUAUCCGAUCCACAAAUGAAGGUUUUCGAUACUUUAACUCGUUUUUCGCAUGAUGCUGAUUUGGAUGUUUCCAUGAAUUCUAUUUUUGCCAUGGGUUUAUGCGGUGCAGGUACUAACAAUGCAAGAUUAGCUCAACUGUUGAGACAGUUAGCAAGUUAUUAUUCACGCGAACAGGAUGCCUUGUUCAUCACAAGAAUGGCACAGGGGCUAUUACACUUAGGUAAGGGUACUAUGACAUUGGAUGUAUUCAAUGAUGCUCAUGUUUUAAAUAAAGUCACAUUAGCAUCAAUCUUAACCACCGCGGUCGGAUUAGUAUCCCCAAGUUUCAUGUUGAAGCAUCACCAGCUGUUCUACAUGUUGAAUGCUGGUGUAAGGCCAAAGUUUAUUCUAGCAUUAAAUGAUGAAGGAGAACCAAUAAAGGUGAACGUACGUGUCGGACAGGCAGUAGAAACUGUUGGGCAAGCGGGCAGGCCAAAGAAGAUCACCGGAUGGAUUACACAGUCCACCCCUGUUCUACUGAAUCAUGGUGAAAGAGCAGAACUAGAAACCGACGAAUAUAUUAGUUAUACUAGUCACAUUGAGGGCGUGGUGAUUUUAAAGAAGAACCCUGACUAUCAUGAAGAGGAAUAA